AUGAAAAUUUUCGAAGCAACACAUACAUUUUUCUAUUCAUGGUCACACGUUUCAGCAGCGAAUUGGAGAAAAUAUCCCAAUGAUAAAUGUCCGCACGUUAUCGCAAUCGAUGUGUUAGAUCGACAUGUUGACCCGGUAACGGGAGUACUUCGAACUGAAAGAUUAAUAACAUGUCAACAGAAUAUACCAAAAUUAUUAUGUAAAUUAUUUGGAGGUUCAACUGUUACUUAUGCCAGAGAAAUAAGUGAAAUUGAUCCCAAGAAUGGAGUUUUAAAGAUGACCAGUUGUAAUUUAUCUAUGAAUCAUUUGGUUAAUGUAUCAGAAACUGUGAUUUAUACUGAGGACCCUUCGGAUUCAUCCAGAUUUGGAGAUAAUUCUACCAAAGGAAGGCAAGGACUGGAGAUUGUCUUGGAUCGAUUAAUGGGACAAGGAGAAAUACUUCAAAAAAAUUAG